AUGACAAUCGGUGAGAAACAUACUAUUAACAGUGUUCAUACACUUGCUCAAGAAAACUCAACUGCAAUCCAAGAAAUUCGUGAUCAAUUGAAGGUUCUUUCUACAGAAUCAACUGCUCGUGCUGCUACUGAGGCUAGAACGAACGCCAAUUUUGACCGUAUCUUCAAAGCCUUACAACUUCUGCUACCUCCUGAGGCACAAUCUGAUGAAAUGAUAGAUCCUGGUUCUCAUCAAGAUUCAUCAAAAGGAUCUAAUGGAAAUCGUGAGCUGAUCCAUACUAGUAAGUUUUCUAGAACUCCCAAGGUAGAUUUUCCACGAUUUGAUGGAACUAAUCCAAGGGGUUGGGCUCAAAAAUGUGAACGUUAUUUUGCUUUUCAUAAUUUUGCCGAGUCAGACCGAGUUGAUAUGGCUGCAAUCCAUUUUGAUUCUAAAGUAGAUUCAUGGUUCUUAAAUUAUCAGCAGGGUAAACAUAAAAUGUCUUGGGACACAUUUAUUCAUGAUCUGUGUGUUAGAUUUGAGGACGUUGCACAUGACAAUUAUGUUGGUAGUUUUAACAAGUUAUCUCAGAGUACUAAAGUUGAGGAUUAUUAUGAUAGAUUUGAGCACUUUAAAGCUUUUAUGGUAGCUAAUAAUCCAACAUUACCUGAAUCUUUCUAUACUCUGAGUUUUAUUAGUGGUUUGAAGGAUGAAAUCCGCACUACAGUUCAAAUGUUUAAGCCAGAAGAUACUUCUCAUGCUUUUUACUUAGCUAGAAUGCAGCAUGCUUCUCUUGUUAACUCUCCAAAACAACUCAAGUACCCUUCUAGACCAUUCAUUCCUUCACCUAUCUCUAUUCCGCAGAAUUCAUCCACCGCCAAACCGUUCUUUUCUACCUCUCAUAAUAUGAAUAAACCUUCUACUUCUUCUUCAACCCCUUUCAUUACUCACCCACCUACACCUACAAAAACUGACCCUCCACUUCCACCAAUUAAAAAUCUUACUCCUCAGCAAAUGAAAAUUCACAGAGAUAAAGGUCUCUGCUAUAACUGUGAUGAGUUCUACAGGACUGGCCAUAUCUGCAAAACUCAACAGUUAUUUAUGCUUGUUGCUAAUGAAGAGGAACUCAGUGACCAGAGUGACUUAUCAUCACCUUAUGAGCAUAUGACAGAUUCCCCUUCUAGUUCAGAUACAACCAUGGAAAUUUCUUUACAUGCCUUGACAGGCACUACUGUUCAUGACACUAUUCAUAUUGCAGGACUUCUCACUAAUCAGCAUAUUAUGGUCCUGAUUGACACAGGAAGUACACAUAGUUUCAUCGAUUCUAAAAUUACAGAUAAGCUUGGUCUCCACGUAUCCCCUACAGGUCAUAUACUCGUUACUGUUGCCAAUGGAGAUAGCACCAUCACCAAAGGUAUAUGUCGAGGCCUUCAAUGGGAAAUGCAGGGUUACAAAUUCUCUGCUGACUUACGAGCUCUCCCUCUCGGUGGUUGUGACAUGGUGCUUGGCGUAGAUUGGUUACGACAGCUAGGUGAUGUAACUUUCAACUUUUCCCAACUGAAAAUUUAUUUUAUACAUCAAGGGUAUCCAAUUACAUUGACUGGGAGAUCUUCUAAGCCCUCUCUUAGUCUUAUCAGUGCUACUACUCUUAAGAAGUUCUUCAAGAGUAAAGCCCCUGACCUAAUUGGCCAAUUUUUUCAUGUUCAUGCUACUCCUGUGCAACAACUUCCUAGUGAAGUUUCAACCUUACUAGAUUCAUUUGUUGAUGUAUUUUCAAAACCCACCCAACUGCCACCUUCUCGUCCAUUAGAUCAUAAGAUUCCACUUAAACCUAAUUCAACACCUGCUUCACAAAGACCAUAUAAAUGUCCCUUUAUUCAUAAAGCUGUAGUGGAACAGCUUGUCCAAGAAAUGCUAUAUGCGGGGUUGACUCAAAAGAGUCAUAUCCCUUUUGCUGCCCCAAUUAUUUUGAUUAAUAAGAAGGAUGGAACGUGA